AUGAGUGCCUCCACCAUCGGCUUAGCUGUUGUGCCUUCAGCAUUGCUUGUUGCUGGCGUUUAUGCCACACAGCCCGAGUUCAUCACCUACGCUGUUGCAGCUGCUGGUGUUUGGGCAAGCGCCAUAGUCUUCAGCAGUGGAAGCAGCAAGCCUCGCAAGGUGCUUAAGCCCGCCGAGUUCCAAGACUUCACUUUGAAGGAGAUCAACAACAUUUCGCACAACGUCGCCAUCUACCGUUUCGCUCUUCCCCGUCCCACUGACAUCCUUGGCCUCCCCAUUGGCCAACACAUCUCUCUCGCAGCCACUAUCGCCGGUCAGCCCAAGGAAGUUGUUCGCUCUUACACCCCCAUCUCCUCGGACAAUGAAAUUGGCUACUUCGAUCUCCUCGUCAAGGCCUACCCCCAAGGUAACAUCUCCAAGUACCUCACUGAGCUGAAGGUCGGCGACACCAUGAAGGUCCGAGGUCCUAAGGGAGCUAUGGUCUACACUCCCAACAUGUGCCGCCACAUCGGUAUGAUCGCUGGUGGUACCGGUAUUACUCCCAUGUUGCAAGUUAUCGAGGCUAUUAUUCGCGGCCGUCCCCGCAACGGUGGCAAUGAUAAGACCAAGGUUGACCUGAUCUUCGCCAACGUUAACCCCGAGGACAUCCUACUCAAGGAGAAGCUCGAGAAGCUGGCUAAGGAGGAUGAAGACUUCAAUGUCUACUACGUCCUGAACAACCCGCCUGCGGGCUGGACUGGUGGUGUCGGCUUCGUUACUCCUGACAUGAUGAAGGAACGUCUCCCUGCCCCUGCCAGCGAUGUCAAGGUCCUGCUCUGCGGUCCCCCACCUAUGGUCAGUGCCAUGAAGAAGGCUACCGAGGCCCUUGGUUACACUAAGGCUCGUCCUGUCAGCAAGCUGGAGGACCAGGUCUUCUGCUUCUAA